AUGUAAAAUUAAGAACUUUUGUCAGCAAUAGUAGAUUGGAUGAAUAAAAUCACCUUUUUAAAAUAUCAUACAAAUUUUAAAGAAUAUGUUGAUGGUACAUUAUUUAUUCAAAUUUUAAAUCAUAUUAACACCGAUCACUUUGGAUCUAUAUUUCAUGUAUGAUUUAAAUAAAAUUCAUUUAGGUCUUAGAAAAUUAAUCAUAUAUAGAUAAUUGGGCUCUGAAUAUGUCUAGAUUGAAAUUAAUAGUUGAUAAAUUAACAGAUUAUACACACAAAUAAUUAGAUUUAAAUGUUAUGGAAAUAGCAAAAGAUAAAAAUGAGACUUAGAUUUUAAAACUAUUUGGAAUAAUUUGUUAAGUUUUUAUUAUUUCUAUGUUUUUAGCUAAUUUUAUAGAGUGAUUUCUAAGAUGAUUUUUUUGUAGCGGUCUUAUAAUUACCAGAAAAAAAGCAAGAAUUAAUUUCCUAAUUUUUAUAGACUUUAGUUGAACCAUUUUCAUAAUCUGAGGAUAAAAGUUUAUUGGAUAAAAUAGAUGAAUUAGAAACAGAAAAUUAAAAAUUAAUCCAUUAAAACUAAGUUCUAAUGAAUGAAAUUAUAGAAUAAAAGAUGUCUAUCAAAAAGUUGGAUUAAGAGAAUAAAGAAAAGACUGAACAAUUAGUUAUGUUGGAAUCUCAUGGUAAAACGUACAUUUAUUAGCAAUUUAGAGAGAAAAUCUUCUUUUAAUGAAGAGAAAAUUAAAGAAUUAGAAGAAUUAAAUAAAUAAUUAUGGUCAACCUAAUAAAAAACUAGAGAAUUAGAAAUUAAGGUUUAGUAAUAGAUAAGUUAAAUAAAGGAGGCUAAUUUAUUAAAAGAUAAUACACGAUUAGAGAAUGAAUAAUUGAAACUUAAAAUCAUGUAAUAUAUAAAAUAAGAAUAAAAAUAUGAAUAAACCAAAGAAAAAUUAUCAUAAUAAAAACUAUGUUAUACUAAACUUAUAGAAGAUAAAGAUAGAUAAAUAAAUAAAUUAUAAACCUCUUUCUAGGAAAUAUUUAAUUCCUUUUAAAGUGAAAAAAAAAGAACUUUAUCAUUAGAAGCAGAAAUUCAAUCACUUUAAUAAAAAAUUGCUGAUAUUAAUAAUGAAUUUCAUUAAAAAGAAGUUUCUUUGAAUGAAAAAAUUAGAGAAGCUUCAAGAAGAGAAUCUAGAUUGAAUUCUUUUGAUGUUACUGAUUUAAGACAAGAUUCUCGGAUGAAUACUAAUGAUCAAAUAAACCUUGCUUAAGAUUUAAAUUAAAAUAAUGAUUAAUAUUAUGCAUUACAUAUGAGUAUGUUAAUUUAAGAAGAAAAUUAUAAGAAGGAAAUAGAUAUGUUAAAAGAAAAACUACAAAAUUAAGAAUAAUAGAUUAAGGCUUGGAAAUAAAUUAAUGAAAGAUCUGAAGUUAAAAUCAAAUAAUUAGAGUCCAAAACUAUAUUAGUUUAAGAUAAUUAAUCUUCUAUACAUAUUGCAUAACAGAAUGAAUAAAUAAAACAUUUAACAAAUAUGCUUAAUUCAUUUAAUGAUAAGUUUAUUAAAAUAAGGGAUGAACACUUAAGACUUUUAAAAACUUGUUAAUGA